GCUGCAUUUGCACACUGCUUGUGCAACACCACCCUACAGCCAGGCCUAUCAUGUCUUGGUGGGCACCUUCGUGGCUCUCCCUACCCUCAGUUGACUUCUCGCUUCCUUCGGGAAUUCAAGGCAGAUUCAUCUCUUUCAUCCUCAAGCGCACAUUAGGUCACUUCCUUAAGCCUGGCCAGCUUGACGUCCAACAAAUAGACUCUCAGAUCGGGUCUGGCUACGUGCAAGUUCGAGAUUUGGAACUUGACUAUGAUGCUAUCAAUGCGUUGCUUGCAGGGCUCCCCGUCCAGCUGCACGAUGGUUCCAUCUCGUCCGUGACGGCGCGAAUACCGUGGCCAAAUCCACUCACUGCGAGCAUAGGCCUCUCCGUACAGUCACCCCAUCUCACCUUCUAUCUUGAUCCUGCAGCCUCCACCAAAGCUGCACCUCAACCACCCGAUCUUGCAGACUCGGUUUUCAGUGUGGCCGAGUCUUUCAUACACGAUGAACUCACACCAGGAGAAGAGGCUACCCUGCGUGAAUCUAUCCAUCCUGACCAACCCUUUCCUCCUGACGUGCGUGCAAACAUCCCUGGUGGCCUCGAUCCAUUUAUCAAUCUGGAUGAGGUGGUGCCACCCGAUGUCGAUCCUGCCGGCGUCUCUGUAUUUGCGACAUUGAUUGAGCGACUUCUAUCUCGGUUUGAGUUUGACAUCGCUGAUAUUGCUAUAACGCUCGUGCAUCCAGGGAAUGCUAGCUUUACCUUGAAGAUAGCGAACGUUAAGUACGGCAAAGCGGAUGAUGCCCCUGCAUCUGAAGGGGAGACGAGAGUAAUGACCAUAGGGGGGCUCGAAGUGUCAUUCCAAGACCUAACACCUCUACGAAGACGAGACUCGAUUCCCUUCAACAACCCACCUGCCAAGUCUUCUAACACUCACGAUUCGUACUCGACGUCGCAUCCCAGUCCACCGUCGCCUUCCCCACCUGCUUCACCAGAAGCUCAGUCAGAUUCCGAUAUGGAUGAGGAUACGAACCUUUUGAUGUCUCAGUCUCUUGCGUCGCUCCCUAUGGCGUCUUCAUCUGCGCGUCCAGUCUCCCCCACGAGCACUGUGGCCAGCAGCAUGUUCCAGAGUGCAAUCUCUACAGUCCCCGAGGAGAGUAACGCGAUUUCCGAUAGUGGACAUAUGUCCCCACAACCUGAGAAACGCCUUGAAUACGAUCAGCACUCUUCGCAUAUCUCAUCGCCACUUUCUGCAGCUCUCGCAGGUCAUGCAGCUCUACAGGAGGAGACAUUAUUCUCAUUCGCUCUCGAACCUAUCACCAUCCAGCUUACCACAUCGCUUGGCUCACGCACCACCUCGAGCGUAGAGUCCACUUCCAAAGGAUCAGGGCAAGUCAGCAUAUCCGCCAAUUUCGGCGUGCUUGCCUGUGCAUUACGAGCACGGCAUCUACGCAGCGCUUUAGUCGUUAUGAAUUCUCUACCAUCGUCUCCUUCUCCACGCCAUUCACAGCCUUCUCAUGCGAAGAAGGUCGAAUCGUCCCAUCCGGUACCGUCUUCCAUGACCUCUCUGCUAGACCAAGUGGAAGCCAGCUUGCAUAUCCGCGGGAUUGUAUUCCUUUUACUUCCUUCCGAUUCAUCACAACCACCGCCCACACCGUCUGGAGCGGGACCGGAUAUCACUGUGGACCCAUCCUCCCUCGCGACGUUUUUCGCGCGACCCCUGGUACCACCUAAACUACCAUGCGCGUUCCUACGACUCUUCGUUGACGGUGUACAUGGUUCCUCAUCCUUCGUCACAUCGAGAAAUUCCCCAUCAGGUGUAGGCAAUGAAAAGUCUUCAAGAAACAAACACUCAUCGCCGACUACAGCUGCCUUCGUCGUGACUGGAUCUCUGAGCGUACACGACAUAUCGCUCUGCGUCUUUCAGCUAAACUCCUCCACGACAUCACCAUCAGACUCCGUCGAACACAUCGUUACUCCAAUCUUCAUCACAGAUCCACAUCUUCCUUCGCAGUACAUUGCUCAGCACGUCGCCCCGCCUCGACUGGCAACACACAGUGGCCAACAAUCUAUACCUCCGCAACCCCCCCAGCUACCGUUAUUUGAUCUUUUGGACUGGACAUCGCCGUCCAAUCAAAUCACCCAACCGAAGUUGUCCCGGUGGCGGGUCCGCGCGCCACAUAUUCACCCGUCACAGACCGCAACAGCAUCCCCUCGUUCUCCUCAUGUUCCGCUACCUUCGGUCGUACUAGAGAAUGAUGCCCCUCGGAACGCUGUCUCCAUGAGAUUCAAAUCGUCUCGCUCAACAGCUCCGCGAAAACAAACACCCGAGGAGCGUCACGACCCAGUAAUCGAAGUCGACUUCGCUCCUCUGCACAUCUUUGCUGAUCUGGCGCUACUCGACUGCAGCGCUAGUGGCAAACUUUCGAGCGAGGCCCUCCGGUUUUUGGACGAACUUUCCGACCUACCCGUUGCUCAUGUAAAUGUUUCACCGGUCCAGUCAAGUACGGAGCGCCACGACAGCGACAGCGACCUGACAUCUAUCGAGGAUGACGGAGACGGUGGGCUUACACCUCCUGCUUCACCUCGUAUGCAGCGGGCCAUGCGUUUGCAGGAGGCUGCGAAAGAACGUGAGGCAGAGAAGAGGAAACGGCUGGACCGAUAUUGGAUUGAGGAUUUGGGCUUGUCGAUGGACUAUCGUGCGACCGAGCCGAAACCUAAGCACCAAGAAUCGUCUAAGAGGCGAAGACUCAAACGAAAGGAGCCUCCCCAGAAGCCAACAGAAAGCCGGACUAACCAAACAACGGUCAGAUUCCCCAUAAUCAGGAUGGAAGUUCGGUGCCCACCCCCAAUGGACUCUCCUCCUCGUUCGGGCGCUUUCGUCGUAGACGUUCAUGGAUUCAUGUUAUGCAAUGGGGAUUCGGCUACACAGGCUCGACCUUCUACACGCUUUUCCAGCACCGACGAUACACCAUCUUCACCUAUGUCGCAAGGUCCAGCCACUAGGUCCACGAAGCUGCUUUCGGUGGAGUGCCAACGAGUUUUGUUUGCCGCUUCGUUAGCCGGGGAAAGCAAAGCACAAUGCUUCUUGUCUCUAGGACCCAUUCUCGAUGACACCACAGCCUCAAGCGGCGAAGGCGAUCAUUGGUCCCCAUCAGUACAGACACCUACUCUGCCUCCCCGACCAAUUUGCUUGUCUAUCUCACGGCCUCCGACAUCCGCUGCAGAAUCACCCAACUCGAAGACAACUGGAGCGCUUGUCGUGGCAUUCGAACUACCUUCGCUUUAUGUCAGUCUGUCCAAACCUGUGUUGGAUGAUCUGCAGUUUUGGGCGGACGAUAUCGCGAAACUCAGCGGCCGAGCGUUCGGGGUGACUACAGAUGACGGCGACACAGAGACAGGAUCGAGCGCGGAUCCGAGUCUGAUUGGAAGCCGCUUUUUCGUCAAGACCAGCCGCAAGAGCUCGAAGGAUAGCAGCACCAUACUGGGCAGUGGCCACGCAGCCCAACGCCCCGACAGUGCCUCGAGCGAAACUGUGAUCAAAGCGUCCAUCUCUGAAGUGUUCAUCAGACUUCUGUUGCCGCGGGAAGAGAAUGGAUCGUCUCCUACCGAGCCUUUUGAUCUGCUCUCUUCGGACAUCGAUGCCCUCGUCGAGCUGAAGCCGGAGGGGAAAGACGAGACCGUUAUCACUCUCUCAGUAACGGACAUGGCUGUUAUUGAUAGAGCGAGCUCUUUCUUUGUGCCAUAUCUGCUGGCCGCCACCCCUCGUAGCAUGUCGUCGCUCUCUAGACCAUUGAUUAAACUUCGCUUCAACUCGCUUACCGUGCCAGAAUCUACGGCAAAGGAAUCUAGGAUUAGAGUCACCCUAAGCGACUUCACCUAUAACUUCACUUCAGACCUUCGGUGGAUCACAGACAUAGAACGGUUUGUCAAAUCUCCACCAGGUGCAUUCGAAGAAGUUGUUCCCAGCGAGAGAACUCGGGUGUCUAUUAAGGUGGCCGAUGGGUCUGUUAGACUCUUUGCUCCGACGCACCCUGGGGCCCUCGUUGUUCAUAUCGAGGAUGCAGAGUUCAAUACAGACAUCGUCGGCGACUCUCCUGAACUUCAGCUGAGCUUGCAAGUACCAGCUCUCCAAGCACUAUUGACUGACGACGCCCAGGCUGCAUCUGAGCAAUCUGGCGCUUCUGCCCAGAAGCUCGUGGGAGGCAAGGGGAGCACGUAUUGGAAGAGAGCCGGACAUGCACUAUUGGCAGAACUCUCUGACCUGAAUCUGUUGAUCAGGAAGUUGAAUGGUCCGCCACCGAGCUCUGAGGUCACCAUCGAUGGUGUCACCCUCCGCAUGCAUUUGUGCGCGGAUACUGGAAGUGCACUAGGAGCAUUUGCUGGUGACCUUGGCUCAGCAUUCAGCCCAGUGGUGGACGACUCAGAACGGCCAACACCACCUUCGAGAGCACCUACUACGGUGUCUUCAAGACCUGAUACGCAAACGGCUCUUUUGUCUUCUCUAGACGAACAAGCAUUUUACAGGCUACCUGAGGUCGGCGCAGCCCCUGACAUGAUCAUGGAUGACCUUCCCUCCAAUCCGGAAUACCUCGACUCCUCGUUCGGCGCAGCUGCUGGCCUUCGCGAAUUCGAUGACGAGGAUCUGGAGGACUUUGACGAAGGAGAGAUCUUGUCGAGUUCUGCGGCUCCUGGCGACCCAGGCAUCAUUUCCAACGUCGGAGGCGAGACAAUCAGGAUGCUUCGACCCGAAGGCAUUCCGAUGGUCGAGAACUAUUUCGAGAGUCUCCCUGCCAUUUCUGAGGAGAGCCCUCAGUUGGGCGAGACUGACUCCCGAGUACGGGUCCGUCGCGGAGACAUAACUUUGUUCCUAUAUGACGGUUACGAUUGGGCAUCGACUCGGAAAACGAUAGAGCAAGAGAUCAAGGAAAUGAAGCGACGACUCGCGAAGAUUCGACAGCUCGUCUCGAGCGGACAAACUUACGAUCCCGAGGUGGAUGAGACCAGCACUCUGCUCUUCAAUUCAGUAUACGUUGGAUUGGAGCAAGAUUUGGAGAAUAUGGAGCCCGAUGCUCUCGUUGCCGCCAUCGACGAGCAGCUCAAGGACGAUGAUGACGCCGUCAGCCAGAGUUCAUGGCAGUCACUGAGACCACAGGGCCCCGGGAAGAGUGCCCCACCUCCGACUCGAAGUUCUAGCGGUGGACAUCGACUAACCAGAGCGAGAGGGCCCAGCAUCGAGUUCCGGUUGAUGGGGCUUGAUGCUGAGGUGGACCAUUUUUUUCCUGAAGAAGACAUCGUGUCCAGAACCUUUGCCACAGUCAGGGAUAUCGAGAUCUUGGAUCAUGUCAAAACCUCUACCUGGAAGAAGUUCCUCACGGCGCUUCGAUCAGAUUCGCGCGGGAAUGUACGCGAAACAGGCUCGAACAUGGUUCGAGUUGAGCUUCGUAGCGUCAAGCCAGUACCAGGAAAUCUAUCUGAAGAGGCGAGACUAAGGGCCAAGAUUUUGCCGUUACGCCUCCAUGUUGAUCAAGAUGCCUUGGAUUUCUUGAAGAAGUUCUUCAGCUUCCAAGGCCCGACUCCUACACCUGCACCCCCUCCUAAACCCCCUGCCAACGAGAUUUACUUCCAACUAGCGGAAGUGUUCCCUGUGGGUCUGAAAUUAGACUACAAACCGCGACGGGUCGACUACCGCGCUCUUCGCGAUGGAAAGACGAUCGAACUCAUGAACUUCUUCCACUUUGACGGCGCGGAGAUGACAUUGCGACAUAUCACCCUGUCUGGGAUUACCGGAUGGCCGAGGUUCUUCGAUCUUUUGAAUGACCUAUGGACGCCAGAUGUUAAAGCGACUCAGCUUGCCGAUGUUAUCUCGGGAGUGGCACCCAUAAGGUCUGUGGUGAACGUCGGCUCAGGCGUAGCAGACCUGGUGCUGCUUCCCAUCGCACAGUACCGCAAGGACGGCCGCGUAUUCCGAGGUGUGCAGAAGGGAGCCAGAUCUUUUGUCAAGUCCACUGCGAUGGAGGCAGUAAAGUUGGGAGCACGGUUGGCGACAGGCACCCAGGUCAUCCUCGAGCAGACGGAGAAUGUCCUUGGGAGUGCCUUCGACGAACAGAUCACGGCGGAGACGGUCAUUGGUUCUCCUGACGAACCCGGAUUCGGACAAACAGGACAGAACUGGCCUGAAGAUAGGGAUACGGUGGAUCUAAUCAGCAAAUACGCAGAACAGCCUGGAGGUGUUACGGAGGGCGUCCAGUCUGCGUAUACCAGCCUCAGACGCAACCUCAACUCAGCAGCACAGACUAUCCUGGCAGUGCCUAUGGAGGUGUAUGAACGGUCGGGCAAUGGGGGUCCUGUCCGUGCCGUUAUACGAGCUGUACCGAUAGCGGUCCUCAAACCUAUGAUUGGUGCAAGCGAAGCUGUCAGUAAGACCCUUCUUGGUCUUCACAACUCGAUGGAUCCCGAGGUUCGACUGGAGAACGAAGCGAAGUACAAACAGCGCUGAGAGUUAGGGAGCCUCUGAUCGUCUUAUGGAAAUUUUCUCAUCUUUCGUGCCUCCUGUACAAUAGUCUUGAAACCUUCAGAUCGCUAGUGAUGAUGCCGAUGAAACCACGCCAUGUGUA